AUGGAACAGUACGACGUGGCAGUUGUGGGACUCGGCGUCUUAGGAAGUGCAGCAGCAUAUCACGCUGCUCAAAAGGGCAAGAAAGUCAUUGCAUUUGAGCAAUUUGAGCUAGGUAACGUCCAUGGCGCCUCGCAUGAUACAUCGCGUAUUGUGAGAACCACCAACUCAUCACCCGAAUAUGUGGCUCUGGCUCAAGCUGCCUAUAAGGACUGGGCCGUCCUUGAAAAAGCUACGGACCAAAAGUUGUUGACGAUUACUGGCGGUGUUUUCUUCCUCCCUAAAGAUGCCCCAACUCCCAUCGGGGACUUCACAAGAAGUUUGGAGGCCCGGAAUGUACCAUACGAAGUUCUCACUGCCAAGGAGGUGAACAAGCGAUGGCCCCAAUUCGACAUUCCGGAUAAUGUCGACACAGUAUACACAGCCGACACCGGUAUUGCCCAUGCUGCAAAGACUGUCUUGGCCAUGCAAAGUCUGGCACGUACCCACGGUGCGGUGCUGAAAGAGCAUACACGAGUGGACCGGGUCAUUCCCAAAGCAUCAGGCUCUGGAGUCGUGAUACAGACAUCAAAGGGACAAGUACACGCAGCGAAAGUGAUUCUCGCAGCCGAUGCAUGGACAAAUAAGCUUCUCGCUCCUCUCGGCGUACACAUCCCGUUGUCAGUGAUGCAAGAGCAAGUCACAUAUUUCAAACCGACGGAAAAGGAAGCUUGGGAGUCAAGCCGUUUCCCCGUGUGGAUCUGGGGUGGUGAUCCCUGCUUCUACGGCUUCCCCUCUUUCGGCGAGCCAACCAUCAAGGCUGCUCGUGAUACCUCCAACAAUUUCAUGAUACCUGAGCAGCGUACUUAUGUGCACUCUCCUCAGUUGCUCGAACAACUCAACGCAUUUAUGGGCAAGGUCAUGCCCGACGAUGGUCGCCAGCCCCUUCGCACUGUAACUUGUCAAUACACCAUUACGCCAGACCGACAAUUCGUUAUCAGCCCGCUGGAAAGGCAUCGUGAUAUCAUUGUCGGACUUGGAGCUGCUCAUGCUUUCAAAUUUGCACCUGCGUUUGGCCGUGUUCUAGCGGAGUUGGCUAUUGAUGGAAAGAGCACAGAGGAUCUUUCCAAGUUUGGUAUCCCGCAGACAGCAACUUAUACUAGCAAGCUUUAG